AAAGCGAAGGAGCCGUGUUCAGGAUUGGGGAGUGUGAGAUGUCUUGUGUCAGAGACAAUCUUCCCCCUCACCUGUCGCUAGGAUACUUUGCCCUCCUCCGCUGUCUGCCAGUCACGCCAUUGGCGGGUGAGUGAUGGGGGAAGUGCAGCCGAGCUGGAACUUAUUACCUUGGUUUGGUAAAACUACGGAGCCCAAGUCAAAAAAACGAAAAGAAAGCUGUGUAUUUUGAGCGUUUCGAGAGGAAAAAACACUUUUUAUUCUGAUAUUUAAAGGCGUCAUAACGUGAUGGAGUUUGUUGAAGAGUCAUCGCCAGCCCUGGCUUUCGAGAAGGAAGCCUUUGAGCUCACCGUCGAAGAUGUUUAUGACAUCUCGUACGUAAUCGGGCGAGAUCUGUUAAAAAUAAGCAACACGGGCGAGGAAGUGUCCGAUUUGCAGUUCAGGAUAGUCAGAGUUCUGGAAAUGUUUGAAACUCUGGUCAAUAAAUACAACUUGUCUCUGGAGGAGUUGAAAAUGGAGCGGGACAACCUGAAGGGUGAGCUGGACAGGAUCGUCCGAGAGGGAUCUUCUGGACACGGCACGCAAACAGCGGGACCGAAUCAGCUGGUAGUGGACCUGACGGACCCCAACAGACCACGGUUCACCAUGCAGGAGCUGAAGGAGGUCCUGCAGGAGAGGAACCAGCUGAAGGCUCAGCUCAUGGUGGCCCAAGAGGAGCUGCAGCUCUACAAAAGUGGUAUUCUGCCCCGAGCCGAACCAGCAAUGGUGGAAGUGGAUCUAGACACUCCAGAAAAUAGUCGAGCCACAAUAAAUGAGAAGACAACCAUAGGGAAACUGUUUUCAUUCAGGCGAAAAUGAGGAAAAAGCCUUUCCCCAGAACUGGCCACGCACAAGGCAAACAGGACUUUUUGUGGUGAAAUUAAACCCCUCCCUCCUCCCUCAAUUGUAGUUACUGUUUUAUAAAUAUCUAUAUGACAAUCUAACAAGCACUGUAUUUUCAUUGGUCAUUUUAACCCUAGAUGGUUUUAUAGCAGAUUUAUAGUUUAUACAGUUGAAGUAUAAAUUGUAUGAAAAGUAUUUAUCAAAAGGGGUGGAACAAUAUCUGGUUUUAAUCAUGUUGUACACAUCGGAACAAAUUACUGUGCAGUUUUUUUUAUAAAUCAAAAUGAACCACUGAUACUGUUCCUGUUAAACAUUUUCCAUCAAUUUCAUUUUUCAAAGAAAUUAAAACUACCCAAAAAAACUUUUAUAUUUUGAAUACCAUUUGUCUUGUUUCCCUAGGGUUGAAUAUUUAUCAGCUUAAGUUUUGGAAGUUUCGAUCUCAUGUUUUACAGAUGCCCACUUGUAAACUAGAACACAGGCCUGAAGCUUUAAAGACUUAUUUCCACAAAAGCUGGGAUCCUGAUUAAAAUGUAAAUAAAGAGCAUUAUUUGUAAUUCA